CAGUAGAUGGCGGUAAUGCACGUCAGUAAGUUGCUUGCCAACCGCCAUAAAAAAAGAGGAAGAAAAAGAGAAGAAGGGGAAAAAACAAGACAUGUAGUCGCACAAUAGACGGUUGUCCCGGUCACAGCGAACAGUAAUGGGUGGAUCCAGAGUUUGUUUGAAGACGGUGGUCUGUCUUCAUUAGCGGUUCCGUAUGGCGUGGCCGGUCCAGUUUAUCUUCCGGGGCCUUCGCACUGUCGGAUUGGUUCUCCUCUACUAUGUCUUCUCCAUAGGCAUCACCUUCUAUAACAAAUGGCUGAUGAAAGGCUUCCACUAUCCCUUGUUUAUGACGCUGGUUCAUCUUGGCGUCAAUUUCUGUCUGUCAGCUCUGACGCGGCGGGCUAUGCAGUGCUGGACAGGGAAGCCCCGCAUCAUUCUGACCUGGGAAGACUACCUCCGUAAAGUGGCUCCAACAGCCUUGGCAACAGCACUGGAUAUAGGGCUUUCCAACUGGAGCUUCCUGUUCAUCACCAUUAGUUUGUACACCAUGACCAAGUCCUCUGCAGUGCUGUUCAUUCUCUUUUUCUCCCUUGUGUUCAAACUAGAGGAGCCGAACCCCUUCCUGAUCCUGGUGGUCCUGCUGAUCUCCAGCGGACUCUUUAUGUUUACAUUUGAAUCGACUCAGUUCAACAUGGAGGGCUUCAUCAUGGUGCUGUUGGCCUCCUUCAUCGGGGGAAUCCGCUGGACCCUCACUCAGGUCCUCAUGCAGAAAGCGGAGCUGGGUCUUCAGAACCCCAUCGAUACCAUGUACCACCUCCAGCCUCUCAUGUUUCUUGGACUUUUUCCCCUUUUUCUCUACAAUGAAGCGCUGAGCCUGAGUGAUUCGGAGAAGUUGUUCCGUGUGACGGAGCUCUCUCCACUCCUCUAUUCCCUCAUGACGCUGAGCGUAGGCGGCACGCUGGCCUUCGGCUUGGGCUUUUCUGAGUUUCUCCUCGUCUCCAAAACCUCCAGCCUCACAUUGUCGAUAUCAGGAAUCUUUAAGGAGGUGUGUACGCUGCUUUUGGCAGCCUCUCUGAUGGGAGACAGAAUGAGCAAACUGAACUGGCUGGGGUUCGCAGUGUGUCUCUGUGGGAUUUCUUUACACGUGGGACUCAAAACAUACUAUUCCAAAAAUAAGGUUCCUUCUGUUCGGCAGCUCAGCAGUAGAAGUUCAGAGCUUCAGUUGCCGUUACUUCGACAGAACGGAGAUAAAUGUGAGGAUUCGGCUGCUGAUGACUACAACGAUGAAGAGGAGGAGCAAGAAACCUCACUGCAUUGACAAAAGCCCACUUGGACCCGGCUCAUUCCUUAACGUUUAGAGAAGCUCUUCCAGCUUCUUCGUUUCAGUUUUCUUCUAUCUGAAGGGCUUCAGUGUGACACAAACCUCUGUUAGUUUUUUCUUUUUUUUUUCUAGCUUUUUUUGUUGUUGCUUCCUUGUUUAUACAUUUCUCUCUGGACUUAAAAUGCAACAAAAAAUAAAAAUAUUUUGAUAGUAAAUUGUAGCAAGUACAGUCAAAUAUUCUGGAUUUUUAAUGUCUGACAGGUGGAGAUAUCUUUGAUGUCUGGCCGAUACCAGUUUACGGUUCCAAUUUUCACAUAUUCAGUGGGGUUUUAUUUAAGGGCUGUAAUGAUUAAGAUGGGAAAAGAAAAUUGCAGGUUCUGUGAUUGAGGUGAGAGUUUUAAAUCAAACAGAAAAUGACAAAAUUACAUAAUUGUCUCUUAUUUUAUUUGUUGUAUCAUAAAGUUGUCAGCCUUUUUCUGAUUAAUAGGAUUAAGAAGAUCCUGUGUGUGUGCUUAAAAGAAUAGUCCUCACAUUUUUUAGUUCUGAUGUACUUUAUGGAUAGGAGGAAAACAUAUUUUUCAUUAUUCCACUUGAUAAUUAAGAGAAAGUUAGCCAUUUCAGGUCUGGCCAUUGAUUGUUGCAUCAAUUUCAAUACCUCCCAUUGGGCUUGGCAUUUAGCAGCUGUCAGAUGUCGUAGACCUGAAUAUCAUUUCAUAGUGUUUGUCAUGAUACUGGAUACAGGAUAAAUGAUCAUACUUUGACCAAUAUUUAAAACGCUCUACCUGUAAAUUUAAAGUUUGGUUCAACGUUGGUUAACAUUUUCCAGGCUUUUACUUCUAUUUCAAAGCUAUGUGCCUUAUGAGCUAUUUUUGCUAACGAGUAUGUCGGGGAUUUGCAUCGCUAUUUAUGAAAAGAUUUUGAUGUGUAUAAUUUUCAGUAAAAUGUAAUUUUAUUUAGAUUUUUAAUAAACAUAACAAACAAGUUAA